AUGAGAGCCAUAAGAGUCAAGGAAUCACCAUUAUUCAAAGUGACAAAGUUCAAUGACAUUCACACUUGCUCACUGGACUAUCUAAAUGGAGAUCAUAGGCAAGCAUCAGGGAAGGUGAUUGGGGAUUGCAUUAAAGGAAAAUAUGAUGGUGUAGGGAGGUCUUACAGGCCGAAAGACAUAAUACAAGAUGUGCGGACAGAAUUUGGUGUCAAUAUUACCUACGAUAAAGCAUGGAGGUCUAGGGAGCAUGCUUUAGAAUCAAUACGAGGAUCUCCAGAGUUAUCUUUUGCCUAUCUGCCACACUAUUGUGCGGAGCUAGAGAAGAAUAACCCCGGAACUAUCACUCGUAUAGAGUCAGACAAAGAGAACAUGUUUAAAUAUUUUUUCUUAGCUCUUGCUCCGUCCUUGCGUGGUUUUAGAUCUUCGAUGAGACGUGUCAUCGCUGUUGACGGUACCCAUCUAAAGGGAAAGUAUCUAGGCACGCUUUUUAUUGCAUCUGCUUUGGAUGGUAACAAUCACAUUUAUCCUAUUGCUUUUGGUGUUGGAGAUUCGGAGAAUAACGAAUCUUGGAUAUGGUUCUUUGAGAAAUUACGACAGGCAAUCUCACUUGAUGACUUCUCUGAAUUGGCUAUAAUUUCAGAUAGGCAUCAGAGUAUUGAAAGGGCAUCGACCUUAGUUUUUCCAGAAUCAUACCAUGGUCACUGCAUAUUCCACAUCAAACAAAACAUGAAGGCAAAGAAAUUCGAUCCUGUAGUGUUUCCAAUUUAUUUCAAGGCAACGAAGGCAUAUCGUGUUUUUGAAUUUGAGGUCCUAAUGACACAGUUGAGCUUAAUUGAUCCCCGUGCACAGAGUUAUCUACUUGAGGCUGGUUUUGCUAAAUGGUCUCGUGCACAUUUUCUUGGUCGGAGGUACAAUAUACUAACUACAAACAUUGCAGAGAGUAUGAAUGCUGUUCUUAGAGAAGCUCGCCACCUUCCUAUAACAAUGUUGGUUGAACACUUGAGGGAUUUGCUUCAGAGAUGGUUUUAUGAGCGACGUACAGAAGCAGCAUCUCUGAAUUCUGUACUCUGCAAAGAGGUAGACAAACAUAUACGGAAGCGGAUUGAUAGGUCUCGUAGGAUGGACGUUACACCAAUAUCACAUAUUGAAUAUUACGUUCGUGAUGGAUGCGGUAAUGGUGAGGUUAACUUGCACAAUAGAACGUGUUCUUGCAAGAAGUUUGAUUUGCAACAACUACCGUGUGUACAUGCAUUGGCUGCUUGUGCCAAUAGAGAAAUCGCGGUACAUUCUUUGUGCUCAAGAUAUUAUACCAAUGAAGCUAUUUUGGUAGCUUAUGCUGAACCUAUAUACACAGUUGGUAUUGAGCACCAGCGCGUUGAAAACGAUAUAAGAGUAUUAUUACCACCUAAAGCGAAAAGACCAGGUGGUAGGCCUAAACAGCAAAGAAUACCUUCCCAAGGUGAAACUGUGAUUAUCAGACAUUGUGGUAGAUGUAAGAAAAGUGGUCAUAAUCGUCAAACUUGUAAGGAACCAAUAGCGUUGCAUCCAAGAACUGAAUGA